AAUCACAUCAGAGAUACUCUCACAACUCUAUCAUUUCAACCAUCUACCCGACAAUUGGACCAUCCAUCCAUACCAGCCUGGCACUCGUCGACCUUGUGACCCCAACCAUCAUGGUCAAGAUGACAGGUUGGCAGACUGGGGCGGUGCUCGGGCCCAUCGUCUCUUACAAGCUGCCUAUACAAUUGCGUUCAUCUGCCUUCUCUGAUUUGAUGAAGUUUUGAAGAUUCAAGUCCACGACAUCAAUUUCAUGUAUGAUGCCGCCAGCACCACAACCGGCAUGUCCAUUACCCUCCCUUUCCAUAAAACUCACCAAACCGGAGACAUCAAACCAUAUUUCCUGUGGGCGUUCCAUCAAUCGGAAGCUCACCUCUCCAAGCCAAUCAGCUGGCUGAUAUGGUAUCUGGUUCGAAAGUCGUCUGAACAGUUCCUGGAAAUGUUCCGAAACAACUUGCUGGACCUCAACAUCGAUCCUGCAGCUUAUGGCACCCACUCUUUUCAGCAGGGAGGCUGCCAGUACCUCCACAUCGAACGACGAUGGCCUCUGAGGAAAAUUUGUGAAUGGGGAGGUUGGAGUCAAGAAUUCACUAACCUCACGAUAGUUAAGUACCUCAUCUCAGUCAACGAUGAUGCGAUGGAGGCCCGCGAAGAUUUUUUCAACCCAAAUCGCUGUCCUGCACUCAAAUGCCCACACUGUGGACGAUCUUGUGCUUGUGCUUGACUAGCGUCUCUCGUUUUGCGGGGGAAUGAUACUCCUUAAUGACAGCUCCAUGUCGGGUACCUGGUUCAUUUGAAUUGGCCAAGUGGUUCCUGAGU